AAACAUUCCAGUAGCACAGCAAGAGUCAAGAACAUGUUAAAUAACCAGAAGACGGCGGAUUACCUGGCUUUUUGGAAUGCGUUGCGCGGUCUCCGGUUCUCAUUAUAAUCGAAGCAAGUUGGUUCAGUUGGCUGACAUCCUGUGCCUUCCGCUAAGAUGUUGUCCCCCUCCGGCAACUGGAAACCUGUCUCGAAUAAUCGAUCCAAGAAGAAGAGUAAACAAGGAUGCAGGACUUGUAAGACUCGUAAAGUGAAGUGCGACGAACAGCGCCCCGUGUGUGGAAACUGUAACAUCUAUUACAGCUCGAGAAUACAAAAGUGCGACUACGGCAAUGCUCCCAACCCCGAAUCGGACGAGAAACCAUCAAAUAGAUCUUCCAUAGUCCGAAGCACGAAAGGCCUGAUGUUUGACAAGCACGUGAUCGCCAAUCCCAACACGAAUACAUUCAUGACUCUCCCUCGUCGAAGGCCGCUGUUACCAAGUACAGUAGGCGGCGCGGCUCUCGAUCCAUUCAACACCGUAGCUAGAAGCGAUCUUCCUAGUGCAGAUCAACUUUUGCAUCACUAUCUCUCCGCAAUCAUCAGCAAAUGUCUACCUGCAGGGCAUACGCCGGACAAAAACCCUCUGAUCAAAGGUUUAUGGGGACUCCUCCAGUCAGACGUAUUUUACCACACCGUCAUUCUUCAAGUGAGUGCCGUUGAGCUUGAGUUGUUGCAAGGCAAGCCAAAUACGUUUCACUCAGACAAGUAUACCCGGGAAAGCAUGCGGAUAUUACGUAGCAGGAUCGAAGACCCCAAUGAAGCUGUUUCAGAUCAAACCAUGUCAGCAGUGGCCACUUUGGCGACUCUCGAGUAUGGAAAGAAGAACAUGACGGCGAUGAAGAUGCAUCUUGACGGACUGAAAAGAAUGGUCAGCAUGAGAGGUGGCCUAUCGAAAGUUCGGGCAUCAAGUCAAACAACUGCGACGAUGAUACACUGGUUUACGAUGCUAAUGAUGCAAGAUUCUAUUUUCCCACCCGACAAGCGUGACGACCUUUCAAGCGAUGAGCCAAGCAAGCUGUACAGUCUUGAACCGAGUCCUCAGUAUCUUAGCCUAGAAUCAUUUGAUAUGGAGGAGGGUGUUCGAGUGAUUAUGGAACGAACAAGACGCAUUUCGGAGCACCUAUCUUCGGGAGUGCAGAGCGCCGCAAAUACGCCCGAUGAUUUCCAUUGGCAGUUCAAUGCGUUGUUACAGAGACUCUGUCAUCUCAAAGUCCGAGCAGGUGCAGGGUCAACUACUGCGUACUUCACAGAGGCUUGUCGGCACGCGACAUCUCUCUUUCUUUUCCUUCCAUUCGAUAAUCACUACCCAGAUCCAACACUUGUGAUCAACUCCAUGCUCCAUAAGCUCAAAUCUGCUUUGCAACACUUAGUACCAGCUUCGGGCCCACAAGCUCGACUACUCUUGUGGCUGCUGGCAGUGGGUGGUGUGACAUCUGUGAAUCUACCGGAGCGUGAUUGGUUCAUCGGCCAUCUCGUGCCGAUUGUAGCACAUCUUGAGCUGCGUUCAUGGGCAGACUUCACUUCUGCUAUGGAGGGUAUCAUUUACGUCCGGAAAUUUCUUGACGGUUCCUUUCGAGAGCUUUGGGACGAUGUCAAAUUCGCGACAGACGCUUUGGCUGAGCAAGACCCAUAUACGAGCAUUAUUCUCGUUUCGAGGAGUUCUUCGGCUACACUGGUUGAAAGCGACGGUGAAGCACUCGAAGCCGCUUCAACAUCGAGAGAGGCUAGCCAAUGAGAAGAAGCGAGCCGAGAAACCCGAGAGGACUAGUUGCAGGGACGAUCAGAGAGUCUAGCUUCGGAAGACGAUGAUUGGGUCCGACCAUCACUGAGGACCAAUCAUAGACGGCUUACCGUACAUGC